CAAUACAUCGAUAUCUCUAUCGGUAUAUAGGAAGUCACUUAUGACUUAAUUUCUGUAGCUUCCUCAUUGCCACCUUCAUCACGAGUCCAUGCCGCCCUAAAAUAUUUUUCAUCUUCAACUUCCGUACAUCAUUGUCUCAUUUUUGUAAACCAAGAAAUGUGUUAGGAAGAUAUGAAUGUAUAUAUUAUUAAGGAAUACUAGAAAAAUAUUUAUAAUCUGCUGAAAGUGUCAUUAUGAAAAUUUUAAACACUUUGUUGUUAUUUUUGUGGACGUUGAUGGCUUAUACCGCGUAUGGAUUUAAUAUAGAAACUAAAGACGCCGUGACGCUAGAAGGGUACCCUGAUUCGGACAGUCAUUUUGGAUACUCUGUAGGGAUUGCUGAUGACCAGAAUUCUGCAAAUCGCUGGAUACUGGUUGGGGCUCCACGUAGUAAUGACCCAUUGUUGCAGCAGGUACCGAGGCCAGGUGUUGUGUUUGCCUGCACAUUUCCUUCGCAAGGCACGUCCACCUGCACGAAACUCAACAUCGACGAGAACAUGAAUGCAGAAAGUUACACUUUGGAAGGCAAAAGUUACAAUUAUAAUCCCGGAAGGGACCACUCGUGGCUUGGAGGGUCAAUCGAUGUCCUGACUUCCGGUUCGGCUGAUGUGUUUGCUACAUGCGCACACAAAUGGACGAAUGAGAUAGAUCUCGACUCAAGAGAUAUUCUGUAUAUGACCGGGUUUUGUUAUGAAGUUCCUUUAGAUUUAAACAUGGCUAAUGUGAGAAAGGUUCCCGUCACAACACCAGAAGGUAGAAUAUAUAAAAGAAUCACAAACACCAACAAUUACAGAUGGCAUUUCGGAUUGGCCGGACUUGGAAUAUCUGUCCACUACGCACGGAAUGGAAAGAACCUGCUCAUGGGCGCUACAGGAUUUUUGGACUGGACUGGAGGAUUUGUUGAUUUGGGAAACGGAGAUACAAAAUACAUGGAUAAUAAAAUAACGAGCACAGAUAUAACCCGACCAUAUCUAGGUUAUGCAUCAACUAGUGGAAAGUAUUUCUCAGACGGAAAGACAUAUUUUGUAUUUGGCGCGCCCAGGGAUGAUAUGAAAGGAGCGAUAACAUUUUUUAGCGCAAACGAGGACAAGCACGUUUAUCAGAACGCUUUAAUGAACUUAAAAGGAAUGGAAUCUGGCAAGGAUUUACCAUUAAAUACAUAUUUUGGAGCCACAUUGUGUACAAUGGAUGUUAACAAUGACAACAAAGAUGACCUGCUUGUCGGUGCGCCUAUGUAUAGUACCUUAACAAACGACAUCUUCACUGAGGGGAUAGAAAUAGGCAUGGUAUUUGUCUACCUUGGGUCCACUACGACAAUGAUUUUCAAACCAAACCAUCAGAUCUUAAAGGGAGAACAGCCAUACGGAAGAUUUGGAAGUGCUAUAGCAAAUCUUGGCGACAUUAAUUCUGAUUCUUUCUCGGAUAUCGCAAUAGGAGCCCCUUAUGAGCAAGAUUCCAGAGGCGCAGUAUAUAUCUAUAAUGGAUAUAAAGAAGGUGUUUGGCCAGAAUAUUCCCAGAAGAUUAUGUCUGCUGAUAUCGACACUGGGUUAAGGGGAUUUGGGAUAUCAAUUUCAUCAAAUCACGAUGUUAAUUCGGAUGAUGUCAAUGAUAUGGUAGUUGGGUCUUAUCUUUCUGCAAAAGCUGUCGUGUUGUUUGGACAACCAGUGAUCAAUGUAAGCAGUGUGCUGAAUGUUGUAGACGAUAACAAUAUAGCAACGGACUUCAUAGAACUAGCUGUGGACAAAAUAAGUUCUGCAAGUGCAUGUUUCAGCUAUAUUGAUCGUCGUUGUAGUUCCAUAACUUUGAAUUUGACCAUCAGUUUAGACGUAGGAUACCCCGCUCAACCAAGAUUAAAGUUUGCAACAAACAAGGAGGCAUCGAUCUCCAGCGUGCUGAGACUGUUAAGUGGUGAAAUCAAAUGCACGCCACUUGCGGAAAUGCAAGCAAAG